AUGGAAAACCAAAAUCCAGCGGUCGCCGUAGCCGACCUAGUGGACGAAGCUGACCAUGACUUCAAGAACUGCGAGACUUUGUUCAACAACUAUCGAACGAAACUUAAUGAACUUAGUGAAUCACAGAAGUCUUGCCGUCAGGUUCUGGACAAACAGUUACAGAACGUAGUCCAACUGAAGAAGAAAUGGAAGGCACUAAGAAGCAGUCCAGAAUCUCAAAUGACUGAUACCCAGUGGGCGAGCCGCCUCGAGGAUUUGCAGGAAUUGGAGAACAGACUUCAUUUCUUUCUGUCGUACUUUCCAAACAAAAGCGGUGAACCGUUCAAUUUCAGUGUCUACCUGAAAAUCAUUCUCGGCGACGUGGACGUGUCUAUCCUGGACCGAUCAGCAAAGUUCCGCUACAAGGACGAAUACGAAAAGUUCAAGUUUUGGCUUACGUUCAUCUCUAUGCUGUUGGCUUUGGCCGCUUACUUCUGUCACCUCAGGGUAAUCGAUGCCGUAUUCAUCUUUUUCCUCGUUUGGUACUACUGCACGCUCACCAUUCGCGAAAGUAUUCUGCGAUGCAAUGGUUCCAGGUAA